GUUGGUGUGGUUUGAGGCGUGGCUAAUUAUCAAGUGGCCGGGAAAAUGUCUGCUGAAUUGAGUGUCCCUCAAUCAUUAGUAGGAGCUGCAGCUGGAGCCGUGACCUUUCCUGUAGUACUAGGGAUCAAUCAGCUACUGGUAUUAAAGCCAUUACGUUUAGCUACUCACCUACCAGCUCUAGUGGUGGCUACAAUAGGUGGUAUAUCAAUUACAUCAGCUGCAAUCUCGGCUUCAUGUGCUGUAGUUACCGCCUAUUCAUUAGCGGGACCAUUUGUGGCACCUUUAACAAGAGACACUUCAAACCACAUGAGACUCAAUGUCCCUGAAUUAUUGACGUCUUCUCUUGUCAGUGUAGCUUUGUUUAGGUCACUAGGCGGUAAAUUUUGUUCUGUUGUUCCAAGCCAUUUGGCUAAUCCUGGUGCUUUUGCUCGCCAGUGGAUACCGGCUUAUUCAAAUAAAUACGCUACUUCUUCAGAGAAGGUCCUUAUACAAGAGAUAGGCAAGAAGUAUGGCUGCCACACUUGUGGUAAAAGACAGUCUGUGACUAAGUUUGUUUGUGAUCAUCAGCCACCCACUAGUACUCUGCCUCAUGGCGGAGGAGUCCAGCGGUUUUAUCCUCAGUGUGACAAGUGCUCUGGUCUUCAAGGUGGCUUAGUCACUAAUAAUAAACCCAAUCCUAAAUCAUUAGUAACUCAUAUUACUUCGCUAAGAGCCUAUCAUUUCUUUCUACCUGUUCCUCUUGCUUUUGGAUACCUCAAGUCUUUGUCUCCCAUUGAAACACGUGUCAUUACAAAAGAGAUCAUUAAUGAAAGGGAUAUUGUUGUAUCCAGUGGCAACAGCAGUGACCUAGAAUUGAAGAAGAAGGUAGAGAUUAGUCCUGGAGACUUUCCACUGCUCAUCAUUUGGAAUAAAGUUGUUUCAUUCUUUCUUUCUCUUCCUCCUAUCACUCAAUUUCAUUUAACUUUGUGGACAUUUUCUAUUCUUGCUGCUCUUGGUAGCACUUGAUGUUAAAUUUCAUUUUUUGUGUAUUAUAAUAAUUAGUACACGAGUAAGCACAUGUUUAAAAUAAA